AGUUGCUUUAGGGCUCAAACGGGACCAAAGCCAUGGCACCUCCCGCGAUUCAGGUGCCUAAGCAUAAUGCAAUGUAAUGACGUCCCUUCCCAUAACUAUUCUAACGGCUCAUAGUUGCUUGCAGAACCUUCGCGGUGAAACACGGACUCGUAGAGCGGCUUCCCAAACCGAAAACGCCGGACCUGUUUUAGCAAAGGUGACAAGGCUGCUGCUAAGGUAGCGGAGACGCCGAAAGCUACUUCAAGUCAAAGGUCGACUCUUCAGGUGUUCUAUGGCCCUGCAACCACAGCAGUGGUGUGCGAGCACUGCCACGUGCAUGGAAGAGGUUGGUCGGGAGCAGGGCACGGAGAGGUGGAGGAAAGGAGAGACGGGCAAGGAGGGAUAGGACCCAUGAGCAAUCAGCUAGAGCAUGAAGCUGUUUCCGAGAGAUGCGUUGCUGACCCGACGAGAGUGGCAGGUGUUGGGGUUCCGCCUGUGUGGCAUGGCAUUGGUGAGACGACCCCGAGGGUGCAGUGGCCUGGCAGCAAGUUUGCAAAAAAUGAAGGAGCUGACAUGGGAAGUGAAGAUACUGCAGCGAGUAGAGGGGAGAUUGGGAAUGGACACCUAGAGGAAAAAGAAUCGUCCGGCAAUGCUUUGGUGGCCAGUUCAGAAGGGGGUGAUCCUGGGCGAGUAAGAUAUCCAUCAGGCCAACAGAGAUAUGAUGAUGCAGUUGAGAGUGCAGACGGUGAAGAGGAGGCCAGAUAUAGUUGGCAGUAUGUUUCCAGUAGGGUGGGCCAGUCGAGGAAAGGGAGUGAUGGAUGGGAGGCAGUGAAGAGGGCAGCAGGGAGGAAAGCACGGGCAGUGGCAAGGGGGAUACUUCUAGCCGAGAGAAGAGUGCUAGUUGGGAAGUGAGUGCGAGCGGGAGGAUAGGUGGGAGAGGAAGCACAGGAGGAGAAGCUGCGAGAGGGUGAAUGGGUGGAGCAACCAGAGCCUGGCGUGUACGUGACCCUGGCAAAACUGCCUGGUGAAGGAACAGAGCUGUGCCGAAUCCGGUUCAGGUUUUUACGGAGCAGCGAGUGGAGACGUGGUGGGCUGAAAUCAAGGCAACAGUAAUAUGGUACAUAAUAUGGCAGUUACUAUGUACCAUAUUAUGUACCAUAUUAUCAGCAUAGCAAAAAAAUCUUCCGGCAAACCAGGGAGGCUGAAGCACCCCGAUAGAUUAGUUCAUUUACGCCACUAGGGUGGUUCACAACACGCCAUUAGUUCAUCUGAUGUUCUAUAAUAAUUUUCAACUGGGCCGUUUGGACAUUAUUGU